UGUUGUGAUAAACUUAUUAAAUAGAGAUACAAUUGCUAUCCACAAAUAUUGCGAGACUUAAGUUGAACAGAAUAAUGUAUGCCCUUAGUGGAAUUGCUGCAUUGUUUUUGGUGUUCUUCUUCUUCACCGGGGAAGCAAAAUCAAAGGGCCCUCUUGUAACUAAGAAGGUUUUCUUCGAUGUCCAAAUCGGAGACAAGGACAUUGGAAGGAUUGAAAUCGGCCUUUUUGGAAAAACUGUUCCGAAGACAGUUGAAAAUUUUGUGCAACUAGCUCAGAAAGAGAAGCCAGAAGGUUACAAGGGUAGUGUUUUCCACCGCGUAAUCAAAGAUUUCAUGAUUCAAGGCGGUGACUUCACCAGAGGAGAUGGAACUGGAGGUAAAAGCAUCUACGGCAACAAGUUCGAGGAUGAGAACUUCAAGCUGAAGCACAAGGGACCCAUGUACCUGUCGAUGGCCAAUGCAGGCAAGGACACCAACGGUAGUCAGUUCUUCAUCACCACUGUCAAGACUGCUUGGCUCGAUGGCAAGCACGUCGUAUUCGGAAAAGUGACAAAAGGAGAGGAUGUUGUGCGAGCAAUUGAAAAUACCCCUGUGUCCGGAAGUUCGCCCAAGGAGACAGUGACAAUCAAGGACUGCGGAGUCCUAGAGGUUACUGAAGAGUUCAACGUCGAGGACUGAACAGCUGGGCUAUACUCGAGAUAUGAAGAAGGAGAGUAAGCUUGAAGUAGUAAAUUACUCCUGAAAAACUCCUGCUUGAAGAAGUACAAUACUUUACUGUAACGAAGUAAUGGACUCAUUUUAUUGAUGAUUUUAAAACGUAAAAAACAAUAGUAUAUUGUGAGUGCUAAAUAUAUUUGCUAGUACUAUUUUUGGGAUGAUUAAAAGUGCCUAAAAUAUUUAUUAUAACGUCUAUUUUGUAAAUACUGAUAAGAGCGGCCCACUUUAAGUUUUAUUUAAUGUAAUAUUUGGAGUGUUAUAAUUCUUUGAGUAUACUGUAUUUGAGCGGGUGAGCAUUUAUGUAUACUUAUUUUAUGGAAUUCAGUUUCGUGUGUUUUUA